CUUCUCGGCCCCCACCAUGAGCAACCUGCCCAAGGAGAGCGAGCACAGCAGCAACAGCCUCGAGGAAGAGGUACGGACGCUUUUUGUCAGUGGCCUUCCUGUGGACAUCAAGCCCAGAGAACUUUACUUGCUUUUCCGGACAUUCAAGGGUUAUGAAGGAUCACUGAUCAAACUAACAUCAAAACAGCCGGUAGGCUUUGUUAGUUUCGACAGCCGGUCUGGUGCGGAAGCUGCAAAGAACGCAUUGAAUGGCAUCCGCUUCGACCCGGAGAACCCCCAGACGUUGCGGCUCGAGUUUGCCAAAGCCAAUACCAAGAUGGCGAAAAGCAAGCUGAUGGCCACGCCGAAUCCCACCAACCUCCACCCUGCCCUAGGAGCACACUUCAUUGCACGGGACCCUUAUGACCUGACUGGAGCAGCUCUGAUCCCCGCGUCUCCAGAGGCCUGGGCUCCCUAUCCACUUUACACCACAGAGUUGACCCCGGCAAUCCCGCAUGCAGCUUUCACAUAUCCAGCUGCUGCUGCCGCCGCCGCCGCCCUCCAUGCUCAGAUGCGCUGGUAUCCUCCUUCUGAAGCUACCCAACAAGGAUGGAAGUCUCGUCAGUUCUGUUAGUUUUAAGCAGCCUCUUGGCCCACAUUUCCCCCUUCUUGUCUCUCCACGGAGUGAUGUGCCAGGAAUGAAGUAGUCUGUGGAUCGCUGGAAACCUUCCCUUCGACCCCUUCUUGUGGACGCCGGCAUGGUGCCCAACUGCAGUAACUCUCCCUUCUCGUGAAUGAAGCUGUGGGCUUCCCUGUCCCAGGACUGUGAACAUCAGCGGUCCAGGCUCCUUCCAGCUCGGUGGACUGCAUGGUCUGUGUACUCUUCCCCUUUGCCUGCCUCCCACCCACCCACCUGCUCCACUAAUCCCCACUGCUAAGUUUCUCCUCCUGCUUUGCCGAGGUCUAGUCGAAGAGGGUACCCAACCUGGGUGAGAAGACCCCUGUUUGGUUUCCAGCUGGGAACCAAGGCUGGCACCGAGCAUGGUCUCUAGCUGUGUACAGUGCAAUAUUCAAGAGCCUUUCUUCUCCUAAACCUUGUUUGUGCAGUUUUCGCUGAAGGAAGCGAAAGACAAAUCAGUUUUGCAUGUUUUUCUGGCAUGAAUUUAAAACACUUUAACUUGGUGGGUGUGCGUGUGUGUGUGUGAGUGUGCAAAGCUUGUUUUGUUCUGGCAUUUGUGUAACCAUGGCAACAGGUCUUGGCCCGGCUAUUGAUCACUGAAGUUUUUUUCAUCUUGCUUCUGUGAAGGCUUGGCUUCUAAAAAAAACACUAUCCUAGUUUUUCCCUGUUCUCUGUUUCUCUCCCUCCCUCCCCACCCCACCCCCCCACUUCGCUUUCCUCGUUUGAGGCUUCCUCUUGUCAUUCUUUGCUUUGACUCGAAUUUGAAGAAAAGAAAGAAAAAAAGUUUCUUCUCGAAAGUACAAUGCACUGGGUUCCUUGUCCAUUUUGCCCUUCUCUCGUUCAAGUCAGGGUUGUUUUCGUGUUUUCUUUUUCUGUCAGACUUCUAUAUAUAGAACAGCUGUAAAAUAUUUAACCUUUUUUUCCACAUCCCUCUGAUUGGGGAGAAUCCAGUCUUGCCAAAUAAUCAGCCAUCCUUAUGGGAAUACCGAACAAAGAUGUACGAGUAUUUUUGUACCAUGUGUAAUAAGGAAAUAUUUAUGCAUCAUAAAGAUUUUGUGUGGUUUUUUGUGCAAUUAAUUAUUAUUAAAGAGAAACUGUAAUCUGUAAGAUAAGUUUAAUGUUCAGUUUAAAAGCUUGAAGAGAAAAAGGACUUUUUUCUGUAACUGAUUCAGUCAGGCAUAGUAACAAGAAAUUGUGCAAUUUUUUUUGUUGUCAUUUUAUUGCUUGGUAUUUGGAAGUGCUUUAAGUAUUAUAUUGGACCAUGGCUGUCUCACUUGUAUUAAGAUUCUUGAGAAUAAGUUGCUAUAUCCUAUGAGAAUGUGAAACUGGAUAAUAUAUGAAUUGUACUCAGA